UUGGAUCUGGGGCCUCUCUCCUCCCAAAAUCUUUUCGGUCUCUAUUGAUUUCUCCCUCCAAACCCUAACCUUAGAAUUUGUUCCCUCCCUUUCUGCUCAAACUGUCUGCGCGGGACAUAUAUAAAUCAGAUUAACCGUUGAGACAAGGAUCAAAACCCUAGCCGCAGUCUAUUGCGAUUUUUUUCGAGCUAGGGUUAGAGAAAAUCUUUGUUCUUUGAGAUCAAGAAUCAGUUUGUUUAAACCUGUAUCGCUUGUGAUUCGGUUGCUGGUGUAUCGUAAUGUCUCGGUGUUUUCCGUAUCCUCCUCCUGGGUACGUGAAGAAGGGGAUCAACGAUGAGGCCUUGAUCGAAUCGAUUAAGCUCCAAAGAGAAGAUGGAAAGGCCAAGAAAGAAAAGAAGAGAGAGAAAAAACGAGAGAAGAAAGAAAAGAAGGCUAGAGAAAAUGGGGAGCUUGAAAAUAAGAAGCACGGUCAUAAAAAAAGGCACAAAGAUGAAAGGCACCAAGAAGAUGAGAAAGGUAGAGACUAUGGAAAGAAAAGAAAGCAUGAAACAGAAAACCUUGACAAGAGUAGCCUUACUGAAGAGCAUGAACAUCCAGUUGGUUCCCAGAACUCUUCCGAUAGCACUGUUAACAGCAACAAAAGGCAGAAGCAGAACUCGUACCCUGAUGGCAGGCAUAAUUCUGCAAGCAUUUUCCGGAUCCGGUUGCCUCCCCAAAGGCACAAAGAUCCUGAAGUGCUACCCAGAGAGGAACAACCUUGCCAGUUGCCUAUUCAGAAGCACAAAGAUCCACAAGUGCUACCCAGCCAAGAACAACCUUCCCUGUUGUCUCUUCAAAGGCACAAAGAUCCGCAAGUGCUUCCCAGCCAAGAACAGCCUUCCCGUCUGUCUCUCCAAAGGCACAAAGAUCCGCAAGUGCUUCCCAGCCAAGAACAGCCUUCCCGUCUGUCUCUCCAAAGGCACAAAGAUCCACAAGUGCUUCCAAGCCAAGAACAGCCUUCCCGUCUGUCUCUCCGAAAGCACAAAGAUCCGCAAGUGCUUCCAAGCCAAGAACAGCCUUCUCGGUUGUCUCUCCAAAGGCACAAAGAUCCGCAAGUGCUACCCAGCCGAGAACAGCCUUCCCGGUUGUCUCUCCAAAGGCACAAAGAUCCGCAAGUGCUACCCAGCCAAGAACAGCCUUGCUCUGCCUCGGGAAGGACUGAUAAUGCCUUUGUACAAGGAAUGCAUGAAGCUGCUCCUAGACAAGGCAGAGAUGAGGGACAACAUCCCUGCUCUACUUCUGGAAAUUCUGGCAAAGAAGUCCCUGUCAGACUUGGUAAAGAAAAGCUCCGAGCAACUGGCAGUGCUUCACUUUCUAUGACAUCAAAAUACAGAGAGCUAAUUGAAAACUGGGAUCAACCUCCUCUGUUGCAAAGUCUUCCCAUGGAUGUUGAUGAUCAGGGAUGGUUGUUUGAGACAAAGCAGAACCGGAGCUGCAGGGCUGAUGAACGAAUAGUUGUGAGUGACAGCUCGAGCUAUGGAGACUCAGCGUCUUGGCCAUGUGCUCGCCAGUUGCCUGAGGCCGAUAUAUACACUUUGCCCUUUACAGCACUGUUCUAAACUGCCCUUGGAAAACUGCAUUGGAUAGUGGAAGAAAGACAAGUGAGGAGCUCCAGUGAACUUUGUUCUUCAUACGUGUUCUAGGUGCAGAAAGUGUGAAGAGUUUGUUUCCGGCUUUUGUGCUGUUGUUUGCCUCUUGUGCCUGGUUGGGUUGAAAAAAGAAAAAGGAAAAAAAUAGCAAUGGGUGGUAGAGAUUGAGGAAUUAAAGGUUUCUUCUUUUUGUAGGUAGAUGGCAUCUUGAUGUAUCACAACUUUGCAAUUCUUUGAUCAAUUAUAAUAUCAUAUUCCGUUUCUCAUA